AUGCCUGUAUGCCCAGUUAGAGUUACUGAAUACUCAAAUAUGCCAGCUGUAAAUACUAAAUCAAGCACGCUAAUUGAUUGUCAGUCCACAGUUUUACUGGCGUCUUCUUCAGAUAAAGAAAGAUCCAAGAAAGAGGUUGUUAUGGUUGAUCCCGUUGAGGCCAAGAGAUUAGCUGCAAAACAAAUGGAACAGAUUAAAGCAAAAGAAAGAUUCAAGGCAUCAAUUAACGGCGCAUGGGCCAUGGUUGGUCUCACUGCUGGAUUAGUCAUUGAAGGUCACACAGGAAAUACCAUCUUAUCUCAGGAACACAAUGUAUACUCAUCUGCUGAAUCUCCAGACAUUGAUUGUAAUAUGUUUAACAUUGAUGUUAAAAAGAAAAGGAAAUAA